ACUCUCUCUUCUCUCUACAUAUCCCAUCACAAACGGACCACACACACACACGGUCAAUUGAACAACCUUGCACAUCUCCAAAACCAGAGCAGUUCAAACGAGAAAGCUCUACCGUUUUAAGGCGAAUUAUCAAUUGCUUUGUUGAGAAUCACUGGAGGUUAUAAGGGACUGUAUUACGUCAUAUCUAUCAAGAUGUCUGAAUCGAAUCAGCAGCAGCAGGUCAGCAAUGGGACUGAGAACAACGUCCAAUGGGCCGCCACCCACCUCGCCUCAGCCCCCGGCGUCGUAACCCAAGUCCGCUCCGAAACCACCACCUACGCCACAGACGGUGACCGCUUCGUCGAGCGGCACGAAGUCCUUGCCGGCCCCCUCGGCGAAGAAGAAGGCUACGUCGAGAAGCGGGAAGGCCACCUCGGGGUCCCCAGCGGCGGCGUCGUCGAGGAGGUCGAGGAGGGGAGGGAGAUUGGGUUGCUGGAGCCGGAGGGGAAGGUUGAUGCUAUCGAGGAGGAGGUGGAGGAUGAGGAAGAGGGGGGGGAGAAGGAGAUCGGUGCGGUUAAUGGGGAUGCUGGAGGUGUUGUAGGGGAGGAAGCUGCUGCUGGGAAGGAGGACGAAGGGGAGGGGACGAAGGAACCGGAGCCUUCUAAGAUGGGGACGCCGGAGAAGACUGCGGGUUCGAAGAAGGCGGAGGGCGGACCAGCUGCUGAGGCGGAGACGGGCGAGGCGGAGAAGUUGGCCGAGACGGGACCAGCUGCCACAGUAGCGGCUGAGGCAGCGGGCGAGGCGCCGGUGCGCGCGGCGAGGGAGCAGGAUGCGGCUGCGACUUCGACGGCUGUCCCUGCUGCUGCUGCUGCUGGGGGGAAGGGGGAAGAUGGGACGCUAGGUGGUGAGGCGGAUCGGAAGAGGAAGGCGGAGAAGGAGCAUGGGGAGGGGGAGAAGAGGGGGAGGGGGAAUCCAGCGAAGGGGGAGGCGAAUGGGGGUAGUGGGGGAAAGGGGGGGAAGGAGACGGUGGAGGGGACGAGGAGGAGUACGAGGGCUAAGGGGAGGAGUGAGUGA